GGUCCCCCGGACACAGCGGAUCAAGGAAAGAGCCGAAGAUGUCGGCUCGGUCAUGUGAUCAGCUGUGGCACUGAUGAUCAGUUUGCCCUGAUGAUCAGUGUGGCCCCAGAAGUGCCACCUGUCAGUGUCCAUCAGUGCCAUGUGCCAGUGCCACAUCAGUGCCACAUCAAUGCCACAUAUCAGUGCAUACCAGUGCACAUCAAUGCCACAUAUCAGUGCCCAUCUGAGCUGCCUUUCAAUGUCACCCAUCAGUGCCAGUCAGUGCCACCUAUCAAUGCCAGUCAGUGCUGCCUUUCAGUGCCCAUCAGUGAUGCCAGUCAAUGCCCAUCAGUG